AUGCCGCCCCGAAAGAGAUCCACGGACGACCUGGAUUCUGCUAAGAAACCGGAUACAACCGCCGCAGCAACGAAACGACGCCGAGUGUCUCUGGCCUGUGAUGGUUGCAGAACAGCUCGAGAAAAAUGUGACGGUAGCCGCCCACACUGUGGCCGCUGCGUGUCUCAAAACCGCCCCUGCUCAUAUACACCAGCAUCCAAGAAGAGAGGUAUCCAAAGCGGGUAUCUGAGAGCAAUUGAGCUGUCGCUGGCAUGGUUGCUGGAGAGUAUUCCUGAUAGCGAGGAAGCGCUUUAUCAACUACUGGUCAAGGAUGAUGGAAAAGAUGGCGCGAGUAUUCUUAUGAGCAAAGGCAAAUCUGCGAACAAGUUGCAUAAACAAUGGAGCAAGUGCCGGGUUCAUAAAGAGAUUGAAUCAUUGCUUUGCCAAAGUGGUACGCAAAAACCGGAAGCGUCCAAUACUGAGGACUCCGAAACAGACGACGAUGUUGGGGAAGAAUCGGCCAGCAUAACGAGACUGCCGUUGGCAGGAUCUCAUCCGGAAAACGUGGCAAAAUUUGACCAGGCUUUCUCUUUGAAAGAGUCCAAGUCAGCGAAAGAUCGAGCUGUAAAGCUCCCCUCGAAUCAUCAACACCUUCUCGAAAUUUACUUUUCAUAUACCCAUUGCUGGCUUCCUAUACUCGACCGAGAGGAAGUCUUUGCAACUGCAGCGAUAUGCAAUUCACAAAUUCAAAAUGUACCUGGUUAUACUGGGGAGAAUAAUGUCGUCCCGUCCAGGCUUGCCGUUCUCUGGUCUGCUAUGGCCAUCGCGGCCUUCCAAGAUUCACACUCUUCAGCUCCUCCCGUGAGCGAGGAAAUUAUGUCGCCAGCAGAAAUUUUCACAGUGGCUCGCAGCUUGAUUCCUCAAGAAGAGGAUCAUUUUACUAUUUUGGAUAUUCAAGCAAUUCUCCUUCAUGCAAUUAUUCUUAUCGGUCGUGAGAGUAUGCUGGCCGCGUCUUUAAUAGCAGGAAAGGCCAUGCGGCUUAUUUCUUAUAUGCGAUCCAGUAGGAUAUCCCAAAUGCACAGCGACGGGCAAAGAUCAACUCUAGCGAAAUUGGCUGCCGCUUGUAAUCUUGUCGAGGCACUGACAUCGAUGUGCAUUGGACAGCCAUCGCACUUGUUGGAUACGGAGAAUUUCCAAACAGCCGAUCUAUCUCAGGAUGAGUUGGGCUUUGGUGAUUCUUUCUGUCCGACUUACGGCUUUGGAAAGCUUUCAUUAAAUCCUGAGUCUGCCCGCCCCCAAACCACCCAUUCCCUUAUCGCUUUGGACCAAUUGAGUCGAUUCGCUCGGAUAUUAAGUACGCACGCGGCCGGAAAGAUUCAUCAAAACGGUUCUGUCAAAGCUGUUACUGUCGGAGAUCUCGUGUCAUCCUUGAAUCCACAAUUCAGCUUUUGCAACUCUGUCAUUGCUGGAGAAGCAACGCCAAUGCUACCGUCGGCUUUCCUCGCCCAGGCCAUGUUCUUGGCCACUACUGUAGAACUUGUUCCGGGCCAGCGAUCGUCGCUUAUAUCCAACUUCUUGGAGGUGGUCGAGUCUAGCAUAUCGAAUUUUGGGGCUUGUGGCACCCCGCCCAUCACUGUUGCGCUCUUUUUGCUUGUUCAACAAAAGGGAAUAAUGGAUGAGAUGCGGACAUCUGAAGCAAACAGGUGGAAUUUGGCAUUGACCACGAUCAAAGCUGUGUGGCUCCAGGAUGAAAUAACUAAAAGCCCAAUACAGCCAAUUGGACGCGUUCUACAGGCGGGGGAAUCCCAUACCGAUUCAGUCGACUACGAUGCCAUCUUAGAGGAACUAGGAAACAUUGAUUAUGCUGACAGCAUUGACAUGGACCCCCAGUUCAUGAUGAAUCUCGGAUUCGCUCCAGGUUGCACGUUGGAAGAGAUGUUUCAUGUGGACUCUGGAGGCUAA